AACUCUCCAGAAAUGGCCUAAUCAAAAGCAACUCUCAUUCCCUGGUGAAAAGUAUUAGCAUUUACUGUGAGUCAUUAGGGGGUCUACUGCUGUUAACAAGGCACACUGAGGAAUCUCUUGCCUUUAAGGAGCUGAUGCUGCAACUGGAGAAAGGUGACUUAACAUAAAGCAAUCAGAAACAAGAUCCCAUCUGCCAAAUGCCAAGUAGGAGUGAAGUCCAUAGAAAGAACACUGGAUAUGAAGUCACAUGACCUGUGUUCACCAGUCUCUAAGCUUGGUCUCAGCUUCCUUUCUGUAAAAUGGGAGAAUAAGACCAACCUCUUGUUACUAGGGGUCAUAGUAACAGCAAAGUGCUUUCCACUGAGCUUCCAGGGUGUCUGAGGAGGUAUGGCCACAGAACUUGGAUCCAAAAGUGCUGGGAGAACUGCAGCCACUUCCAUCUUGAAUUGCAGCCCUAUAUGCGAUGCUUUGAAAGAAAGGGGCAUCAUUCUAAGCCAAGAGGUCCUGGAGAGGGCACAGUGGAGUUUGUUCAGACUUCUGUGAGACCCCAGUGAUAUGCUGUGGCUGUACCCCCAUCACCUCCACCCCACUUGCCCUCCCAUGGGCUGCUUGACUACUAUGAAUCAGCUUGGUAGAAAUACAGCAAGGCCUUGCUGACGGUGUGGCCAGUGUAGUCACAGCCUUGGGCACAGGGGUGGGAAAUUAGCCAUAGCACAUUCCAGUGUGGGCGUUAUUGUCCUGCUGGAAGUUCCAGUGUGGGCAUUAUUGUCCUGCUGGCCAAACCAGGAAUCUGGUUUUGUCAGUCCAACUGAGAAACCAUUUCUUGGGAAACUUUUCUUGAACAACUACUUUUGCCAGGCAUUGACAUUCAGAAUAAUAUAUGCUAACAUCUUCUAGGCCAGCAUUUCCCAAACCAGGUGCUGUGGAAUCCUAGAUGUUCAUAAGGGACUCCUUAGUAAAGGAUUCUGUGCUUGCUUUCAGGGAAACAUGCAAACUAUCUUGGGUAGUUUGAUGCCUUGAGCAUAGCCCUUCCCCUGUCCCUUGCUCUCUACUUGUCUGCUGGUGGGGGAACUAAAGGAUUCCUUGAGGGAAUUGCCUGGUUGUCCAGUGGUUAGGACUCGGCGCUUUCACUGUCGUGACCCGGGUUCAAUCCCUGGUCAGGGAACUAAGAUCCUGCAAGCCGCACAGUGCGGCUGAAAAAAAAAAAAAAAGGAUCCCUUGGGGAAUUGGCCCACCCCUAAAUAUUCCAAAUAUAGUCUAAGUACAUUAGGGAGCUUGUUAGAGAUGGAGCUCCCCCUUAAGUUCCCACAGAACUGUGCUAGCAGAACCAUUCUCAGCUUUCUGAUGCAGGCAAAGUGAGAGUGACCCUUGUCCUUGGAGAUCGGGUUGAGCAAAGGACCUCUCUUUCAUGUCAUCAGGAACUCCCACAAGUGCUGUGCCAGAUCGCGUAUUACACCAGGACAGGCCAAGUCACGUAAGGAAGGAAGCCCUCUGGCUGUGUGAUCUUGGGUUAGAUACUUCAUCUCUCUGGGCUUAUGUCUCCAUCUGUAGACUGGGUAAUUGACUGGUCCUCGACACUGAUGAUAUUUAUCAAAGGCCUUUUCUCCAUCUAAUGUUUGUCCCCCUAUGUACACAUGCACUCCAGUCACUACCACAUCACCCAGUUUUAGUAAGUUUUGUAGAAGGGUUUUUGUCAGAAUAAACGUGUUCUGGAGAGGCACUGGGGUAGCCCCUUAAAAUGACCUAGCCUGUCUGGGAGCCAAGACUUGGUUCUGCAGACUCCCACCAUUAACUUGCCACCGUUAACUUGCCAGGCGCACUUGGUCAGAAGAGUUCCGGUCUGAUCGUCUGGGUUUGUGGCCCCCUCCUACUCCACUCUCCAAGGCUGGCUGGGGCCACGUGGCCCUGCCCCGCCCUUGCUGGCUCCAGUUUCUGAGUCAGUUGCAGUGGCCUGCUUUCCCCGCCCUUCCCAUCAGUCGGGAAGCCUGGAUUGUGGGCUGGGGGAAGCCACAGCUUUUCCCACCUGGCACCCACUGCCCCCAGCUCCUAGGUACCUGUUCCAAGCCCUAGAAAACUUCAUCCUGAUGAGGAAGCCGGAGCUCUGAAGCCAGAUUACACUGCAUUGCCUCCAGAGGGUCCCAGCACCCAGGGUGGCAGCACACACAGUUGGGGUACUUCUCCCCAGCUUGACACGUUUGCUCUCUUGCAGGGUCUCAACGCUCAGCCCUUGCAUCUCCUGGAGCCUCGUCCUCUGCAUCUGCUAAACGGAGCUGGUGGUGGCUGGGCAGCCAGAGUACACGCACUGACCCAGGAGGCCGCAAGCUGCGGCCAGUCUGCACGCCCCACGAAGGGUUCCUGAGUGCAGCGGAGACUGCCCACCAGGCCACACGCGCGCCGGCAGUUUCCUUCUCUGUGCAAUGAAGAGCCAGAUUUCACACUGAGCAGCUGCAGACAGAGAAAUCAGAGAAAGCACAACCCAGCCUCAGAUUCCGAGGGGCCUGCUGGGGACUCUCUCCUCCUGCUUGGAAGGAAGACCCCGAGGCAGCCGUUUCAGGCCAGGUCUUGGCUGCCAUGGGACUCACAGCCACUGCCCCCCGGCUGCCCUCUGCACUGCCAGGCAGAUAAGGGUGAGCCCUGCCCAGGAGCACCUGCCGCCUCCUGCUGGGCCACUCCUCCGUGGCUAGCCCUUCCUCGACUUUGGGACACCUUUGCUGACCCGAGGCCAUGUAGGCCCCACUCAGGCCUCUGUGGAUAGACACAUUGCUGGGGACACCACCUCUGCUCUCUGGGAGACCCAGCGCACCACCAUGCCCCGGGGAUUCGCCUGGCUGCGCUAUCUCGGGAUCUUCCUGGGCAUGGCCUUGGGGAACGAGGGUUUGGAGGUGUGGCCCUUAACCCGGAGCGAGGAGUGUGCCAUCACUGGCUUUCUGCGGGACAAGCUGCAGUACCGGAACCGCCUUCAGUACAUGAAACACUACUUCCCCAUCAACUACAGGGUCAGUGUGCCUUACGAGGGGGUACUCCGAAUGGCCAACGUCACCAGGCUGCAGAGGGCCCGGGUGAGCCAACAGGAGCUGCGGUAUCUGUGGGUCUUGGUGAGUCUCAGUGCUACUGAGUGGGUGCAGGAGGUGCUGCUCGAGGGCCAUCCAUCCUGGAAGUACCUGGAGGAGGUACAUACGCUGCUGCUGGAUGUCAAACAAGGCCUCCCGGGUGUGGAGGUCAGCCCCCAGGUGGAAGCAGUGUUGUCCCUCCUGAGUGCCCCAGGAAGCCUGAAGCCGGUGCGGCCCAAAGCUCUGCUGGACAACUGCUUGCGGGUCAUGGAGCUGUUGUACUGCUCUUGCUGUAAACAAAGCCCUGUCCUGAACUGGCAGGACUGUGAGGUGCCAAGGCCUCAGCCUCACAGCCUGGAGCCCUCGUCACAGUGUGUGGCCGCCCAGCUGUACCCCCUGCGCCAGCAGCCCCCCGCCUCCCUGCCCCACUCCCCGGCACCCACGGCUGGGGCCCCGGCGCAGUGACGCUGCUGAGGGCACAGGGCGAAGGCCUCCUGCCCUGAGUGGCCUGCAUGGUAACUGGGUGGGGCAGCUGGAGGAGCUCCUGCAGGAGAUGGACUGGGCCUGAGGCUUCUCUGGGUGGUGGUGGGAGCUCCUCUUGAGAGAGGAGACCCUAGAGGGGUAUUUCUCCUUUGAGGGGGACUCAGUGCCUGAGAAGGGUUCAGCUUCCCGCCUUCCAUACCUCCCGUGGUCUCACCUGGCGCGGUAGGCGCUGGGGGGCACCUGAAGGUCAAUGAAGACAGAGCCUACGGCCCCUCCUGGCACUGCCCGGGCUGCCCCCUUCCCUGAGGGCAGGGCUGACCGUCUCCUAAGCCCAAAGAGGUGAGAGCUGUACCAGGUGGGCAUGGUGGGGGGGGGACACGACUCAGCAAGGCCAGGGAGAGGGCAGCAAAGCUGGGGAGAGGGCGUAGCCAAAUGCCACAUCUUGCCACAGUUCCCUUUAUUUUUUCUAUUAAACACCUGCUUUGUUUUGGUUUGUUUUGGUUUGCUUUGCAUCUGCAAGGGUGAACCUGGAGAAGGCCCACCUGGAGAAGGCCGCUUUCCCCUCCUGCCAGGUGCAGGAGGCAGGAGGAGGGGGUGGGCUGGUCUGGCCCUGGGGCCUCGGUCUGAGGAUUCAGAUUUGGAAUGGUCAGGGCCUUAGCCAGGGCCCUGGAAUGGUAGAUAUUUGCGGGACGGAGUUCCUUCCAGCCCUGCCCCAGCCCCUGAAGCCUU